UUAUACUGAAUCGGCGGUUACAUUUCCCAUGGCAGCCGGUUGUACGUACCGGAUUGACCCGAUGGUGUCCUUCAUCGGCAAAAGCUGCCGCCUCGCUGUAUAACACUGCUACAACAACAUCAUAUGAUAGAGUUGCUUUGUAUAAUUAAAGAGAAUAGAAUAAUUUUUUAUUCAACCAUGUACAAUCUCAACCAAUCCCGGGUGUCAAGGGGUGGCCAUUCCCCACACAAUUUAUUGCACGAUAAUUGAAAUUUAUUAAAAUUAAUAGAACGAGUGAGCACCAGAUAAAAUCUGGAGGCACAAACAACAAGUGGGUAAAUUAGAUUGUGAGUGUUCUUAGUUCGACACAACGACCAGUUGGUGGCAAAUCAAUUGAGAAGAGCAGUCAACAAGCCAUCUUCGCCACAUAUAAUUCAGGCAAAAGAAAAGGAUAUACAUCUUAUAGAUUGAAUAAUCAAUAAUGUUACGUUUAGGAGUGCAAACGUUUUUUAAAACGCAACUUCAAAGUCGCGCAAUGUCUUCGUUAUUGCUUUCAAAAGGUUUGAUUGAUGGAAAAUGGGUUUCGGCAAGCAGCGGUGAACAAUUCGAGGUAAAAAAUCCAGCAAAUGGACAAGUUAUAGGAAGUGUUCCUAAUAUGAAUGCUAAGGAUGCUCAGCUAGCCAUAGAUGCAGCAAAGCGGGCAUUCUAUUCCAAUGAAUGGUCUGGCCUUACAGCAAAACAAAGAUCUCAAUUGUUAAAGAACUGGUAUCAUCUUAUUGAAAAGAAUACACAAGAAAUUGCCGAAAUUAUGACAGCAGAAUCUGGCAAACCUAUUAAUGAGUCUAAAGGUGAGGUUGUUUAUGGUAAUUCAUUCAUGGAAUGGUUUGCCGAGGAAGCUAGGCGCAUUUACGGGGAAAUUGUCCCAGCACCAGUACAGAAUCGGGAAUUAAUGGUCCUGAAACAACCCCUUGGCGUGGCUGCUCUUAUAACACCUUGGAACUUCCCAUUGGCUAUGAUUACCCGCAAGGCAGGAGCAGCUUUAGCAGCAGGCUGCACAGUUGUCAUAAAACCUGCAGAGGAUACACCUUUGACUGCACUUGCUGUUGCAAAGCUUGCACAAGAUGCUGGUAUACCAAAAGGUGUGGUUAAUGUUGUGACUACCAAUAAAGCAGCACCCAUUGGUGAUCUGUUUUGUAAAAGUCCCGAUGUUCAUGGGAUUUCUUUUACCGGUUCAACAGAAGUGGGCAAAAUCCUGUACCGCCAAUCCGCUGAUGGCGUUAAGAAAGUUUCUCUUGAACUAGGUGGCAAUGCUCCGUUCAUAGUCUUCGAUUCGGCAAAUGUAGAGAAAGCAGUUGAGGGAGCAAUGGCAUCCAAAUUCCGCAACUGUGGUCAAACAUGCGUUUCUGCAAAUAGAUUCUUUGUUCAAGAAGGAAUUUAUGAUAAAUUCAUUGAAGGACUAAAAGCGCGAGUGGAAUCACUGAAAAUUGGGCACGGUAGUAGUGCCGACACACAGAUUGGACCCCUAAUCAAUACAAUGCAAUACAAUAAAAUCUGCGGAUUCGUUGAAGAUGCCGUAAACAAAAAUUGCAAAGUCAUAUCCGGUGGUAAACCCCUAAAGGAUGUGGGUGAAUUAUUUUAUGCCCCAACAAUUAUAUCCGAUAUUGCACCAGAAGCAAAAAUAUACAACGAGGAAGUUUUCGGACCUAUUGUUUCAAUAAUAAAAUUCAAGACUGAAGAAGAAGCACUCAAAAUAGCUAAUGCUUCGCAACGUGGCUUAGCUGGUUACUUCUUCAGCGAAGAUAUUCAACAAGUAUUUCGAGUGGCAAGACGCUUAGAAGUGGGAAUGGUGGGAGUCAAUGAAGGUCUAAUCUCCGCAGCCGAAGCUCCCUUUGGUGGUGUGAAAGAGUCUGGUAUAGGCCGCGAAGGAUGCCAUCACGGUAUUGAUGAGUACACCGAAAUAAAAUACAUAUGUUUGGGCAAUUUAAAAUAUAAUUGAAUUGAUACAAGUACAUUAGGUAUAAUAGCACCGCAGCAGCUUUAAAUUCUGGUAUCAAAGUCUUCCACAAUGCAAAGAUUGAAUUAUUGUUGUCGUCGUAUCCCUAUAGAUAAUAUAUAUUUUAAGAAAUCGUUUAACUCAGUUGCCAUUAGCCAUUAUAAGUUGUUAAUAAACAGAAAAUAGUAAUGAAAGUAAUAUAAUUAAAACAAA